GACACACAUUGUAACUUAUAUUAUGCUGCUCUGUGAUAUGAUAAUUAACAAAUCAAUCAUAUCUUAUCAUUAUGGAAUUGUUAGUCCAGUAUCGUGACGGGAGUGAGUCAGUUGGGCCACUUGGUUCCACAAUGAGCCAAGGCAUAAUCAAGGAGGAAAUUCUUCGCGAUGAUCUAAAAUACUACUUCAUGAGCCCUUGUGAGAAAUACAGGGCCAGACGCCAGUUACCAUGGAAACUGGGGGUGCAGAUCCUGAAAAUCGUCAUGAUCACAUCACAGCUUAUCUUGUUUGGACUGAACAACCAGCUUGUGGUUUCCUACAAGGAGGAGAAUGCCAUGACCUUCAAGAACAUGUUCCUCAAGGACUAUAGUGGAGUUGAUGAGGACGAUUACAGUGUAGCUGUUUACUCCCAACAAGCCGUCUAUGACAGUCUGUUCUAUGUGCUGGAUCAGUACCGCCAGUUGGGGCGCCUCUCUGUGGGGCCUAUCAGUUACGCUGAGGAGGAUGGGAAACUGUUACCUCUGGUCAUCUGUAAGGAGUACUACAAGAGAGGCAAUGUGGAACCCUCGGACGAGGCCUACGACAUUGAUGCUCAGUUAGAAAAAGAUUGUAUGACACAUGAUCCAACGAACGUGAGCCAGUGGAAAGCAGAAAAUGUGUCUUUUUUAAUCUGGAAUUUUACAGGGCUUGUUGAUAUCAAGAUCACGUUUCAACUUAAAGGAAUCAACCUGCAAACAGUGCGCUCACAUGAGUUACCCGACUGUUAUGUCUUUUUUGUGACGAUCACAUUUGAUAACCAGUGUCACAGCGGAAAGAUAAAAGUCUUCCUCGACAUUGACGCACUGAGCAGCGCGUGCAAAAACUGGAAGAUUUCAGGGACUGCUCAGAAGAACACACACUACCUUCUGGUGUUUGAUGGCUUUGUCAUACUGGUUUGCCUGACCUCGGCCGUGCUAUGCACACGCUCCAUCGUUCUGGCAGUCAAAUUACUGCAGAGAUUUUCCAGGUUCUUCCGUGAGAAUUAUAAUCACAAGGUGUGUGAGACUGACCAAAAGGAGUUUUUAAACGGCUGGUAUGUUUUGGUGAUCGUCAGUGACGCUAUGGCCAUAGUAGGAUCCAUAUUGAAGAUGGAAAUACAAGCAAAGAGUCUUACCAGCUAUGAUGUGUGCAGCAUCUCUGGGACUUCUACGCUGAUGGUGUGGGUGGGAGUGAUCAGGUCGGGCUACUUCCAAAAGUACAAUGUGCUCAUCCUGACUAUGAAGACUGCCUUCCCCAAGGUGAUCCGCUUCUGUUGCUGUGCUGGCAUGAUCUACCUGGGGUACACCUUUUGUGGCUGGAUCGUACUUGGCCCUUACCAUGAAAAGUUUGAGGGCCUGAGUCGGGUGGCCGAGAGCCUGUUCUCGCUGGUCAACGGCGACGACAUGUACACCACCUUUGCACAGCUGAAGGACAAAAACAGCCUGGUGUGGCUGUUCAGCCGCGUCUACCUCUACUCCUUCAUCUCCCUCUUCAUCUAUAUGGUGCUCUCGCUCUUCAUUGCCCUCAUCACAGACGCCUACGACACCAUCAAGAACUACCAGAAGAAUGGUUUCCCCAUGACAGACCUGCAGAGGUUCCUGAGAGAGCAGAAGGAUUUCCCCCCCAGUGAGGAGGGCAGCGAGAUGGACACAGAGAUUGGAAUGGGACACCCAGCGCUGUGCUGUUGCAGACGGGCUCCAAGCAAUGAUGACAUCAUACUCAUCAGCUGACAGCAGCCACACCUGGGAAUGUUGGGAGAAGAGAAUGAUUCUGGAAAUUGGGAACCCGGACCUCUGAAAUAGAAAUGGAAAUACUGUUCAAUAAUAUUUGGGACCAUGCAGGUUUUUAUAGGCAGAGUUUAUAUAUUUUCCACAGGGGAGCAAAUGUGGAAUAUAAGUGCCAAAUAAAGUUCUUUAUAUUGCCUUUUAAACAUUAAACUAAAAGCCAUGUACGAUAUCUGCUGGCUCAGAGCCAGCGGCUCUGUAUUAGCAAAGAGAAGGAAAAUAUUGAAAAGCUAGAAUCAUUAAUUGAAACAAUAAGUGGCCACUCCACCUCUGAGGAAUGGUCCUGGAGAAAUGUAACAACUCUCAAAUUCAUAGAGGGAGCUAUGUAUGCAAGGACUAACCAUCAUGAUAUCAAAAUUAUAGUUAACUAUGUUUUGAUGCUAUACAGUGUUUUACUUUGUUUACAAACAUUGGCGUAACAAAACAAGCUCAGGGUGCUCAGGGUGCAAAACAGGCUCAGGGUGCUGUCACUCAUAGGGAGACUACGUCGCCAGCAAAAGCCCAUCUUCAGUGCUCCAUUGAUUUACAGUAGAAGCAAACAGAGACCAGAGCUUGUCGUUUCCAAUCGGAACAAAUUAAUUAUAGUGGGUAGUGUCGUAGCUGAAUCAGAAUUAGUUAGGUAACAUAGAUAAAUAAGAUGUUUUAUUUACUUUCAUAAUAUGCUUAUGUGAGAUACUUGUCAUUAGAAUGUCUCUUUUUGGACUAUACUGUCGGCAGUUGCAUUUUUCCUUUCUACUCUAGGGAAAAGUCACUUGGGGCCCAGAGAGGGGAGUGGUCAGGCUUGACUUUUGCAUGUCUGGUAAUAUGCAGAAUAUCAGAAUGGAACAUUGUCUUCAU